AUGGUCUUCGUUCGGUCUCUAAUUGCAAUCUCUCUCUCGGUAGCCAGUGUUAUGGCAUUAAAUGUGACUGAAAUUGCCAAAUGUCCUGCACUUAAAGCCCGUAAAAAUCCCGCCAAAGAUGUUACUGAUCUUCGUAUCGAUGAUAUCAGCGUGAUUGCUGGUUUAGGUGACAGUAUCAUGGCUGGUUUUGUUAUGAACGGCGUUAACCAUGAAGAUGGUACUGGUGUAUUUAACACAUCUACUGUUAUGGAAUAUCGCGGUAAAAGUUAUGCUAUGGGUAGUGAUGAAGGGGCUUUUACUUUGGCCAAUUUUGUGAAGAAUUACAAUCCUGAUUUGAAGGGUUCUUCGUCAGAAUCUCGAUUUGCAUCUGUGUGUAGAGGUCCGUUAUGUACAUUGCCCAUUUCGCUUUAUUAUCCUUUGAGAGAUAGUUUGAAUGCUGCUCAAAGUGGUGCCGUUGCUAUGAAUUUAGAUUAUGAGCUCGAAUACCUCAUUCCUCGCAUGAAGCUCGAGCUUACACCUGAAAGUUACGAGAAUGAUUGGAAAAUGAUUAAUCUCCAGAUCGGAAGUAAUGACCAGUGUAGUAUCUGUGAUCCUUUCUUAGCCGAGCACACAACUCCAGAGGCUUUUGGCAGAUAUGUUGAAGAAGCCCUUAUUCGUAUCAAGAAAGAAAUUCCAAAAGUUGUAGUUAAUUUAAUGGGCUCAUUCAAAGUAUCUGGUGUAUUCCCAUUGUCUGGUAAAAAUACUGACUACUGUGUUAAGAACGGUAUCUUGGACAACGAGAAAGAGUGUGUAUGUUCUGGAUCCUCAGAAAAGUUGGAAGCUAUGGAUCGUGUCCAAGAAGGAUAUGCUGAAAAGUUGAGCGAUAUUGCUGAAAAGUACAAGGGUGUUCCCAAUGCUACUUUUGGUGUUAUGUAUACCCCCGCAUCAGUCGACAUUGAGUCCUUUCCCAUUACAGCAUUCAGUAAUGUUGACUGUUUCCAUCCCAGUCAAAAAGGACAUAGUUAUUUUGCCAAGAUCUAUUGCCCAACUGAAAGUGACAGACUCCCUACCAAAAACGAAUAA